AUGGCGGGACAUUUUGUUAGACUUAUAAUCCUUAUGGCCAUGGGCUUAGGUGCUAUGUAUAUGCUGCAUUUAUUGGCUCAAGAUUGGAACAAAAUAAGACGUCCUAUACCGCAAGCUGUUACAAGAUUUCUAACGGGUGCCAGUGCAAAUCUAGAUAGUUUUAUAACACGCGGCAAACGUGAUCUAAGCCAUAAAAAUCAUCCAAAUCGCCGCAAAUCUCUACAAGGAAAUGAAAUCAAAAGAAAUAACAGCACAGCUGUAACUAUCGAUUGGAAACGUAUACUAGCUCGUGAUCCCUUUGAGUGUCUGCAAUCAUUGGUUUGUCAACUUUUGUCGGGUGCCGAAAAGAAUUCUCAUGAGGCUUUGCUGAUGUGUGAUUUUCUGGAAGAAAAUAUUAGCGUAGCUCCCGCUAAAAUCGGUCGAGCAUUUAGUCGUGGUUUGGCUUAUCGUGGUCGUACCGAACGCUGUUAUGAGGAAUAUCCAUUUUGUUGGUAUUCAGCUAAAACUAUGCUAAAAAUGUUAAGGUGGUUUUCCGAUACGGUGCGAAAUUAG